AUAGUGUGUGCAUAUGACGUACUUACUUCGUGGCUUAUGAUUGGCUCUCUUUCCGCAACUAGAUUUGAAACGUAUUCAUCACACGCGCGGCAAGUCGAGUCAUGCAAGUGUACGGUGAAACAUCGAGUUAUGCCCAUUGUUUUUCGAUGUUGUAAUAUCAUACGGUUAGUCCAUCAGAAUAAUAAUUAAACUACAACAAUGGCUGGUGAUCAACCCCUCCUGGGGUUCAAUAUAUACCAUGAUGCAGAGGCACACAUCCGGCAAUUCCUCCACGAGUUUGAAUCCAAGCACAUGAAGUAUCUAGAAGAGGUGUUGAUAACUGCCAAGGAGAACUUUGGAAGGGAUGAUGCCAUACUCCUACCGAAGACCCCUGCUGUCAAGAAUAGAACGCGUAAAGGUCGACGUGUUGCUCGGAGGAGUUCAGUUGAGGAAACUAUACCAUCUAAAAGAAGUCGCGCUUCAGCCCGGCAGGCUUCCAAACGUCAGUCAUCACAAUCCAUGUCAGAUUUCCACAAGGAAGCCCUCAAGAAUGCUGCUGAGAGGAGCCCACCCAUCGCCACACCUCCACGCAAGAAGAUCAAAGAGGAGAUCCUGUCUCCUGUCAAUGCUGCUGUUGAAACAAACUGUGCACCUGAACCCCUCUCAGCAACGGUCAAGGAAGAAGUUGUUGAAGCGAUGGACAUGGAAACAUCACCGGUCAAACUGUCCAGAGCAACAAGAGCGUCAUUGACUGUUAAGGAAGAGGUUGAUAAGGCCAAAGAACUUGCACCAGAAAAGGAGUCGCCUCCGGUCCAUCCAUCAGAAGCAAUAGAACCUUCUGCGACCGUCAAGGAAGAGGUUGUUGAACCAGAAAAUACACAAGAAGAGGCUUCACCACCAGCCAAAAGGUUGCGAGCAACAAGAGCUUCAACAAGGGCUUCAACGGCUAGAACAGCAGCCAAACAAGGACCAAAGAGUAGAACCGUUGCAAAGAAAGGAAGGGGGUCGAAGAAGAAAAGCAGUACAGAGGCAGAGACUUCACAAAAUGAAGGUGAUGCAUCCGCAAUGGAGAAAGAUGCACUGGGUAAAGCUGAAAAGACUGUACCUCCUCCGGUGAAGACAAAGACAGUGCGGGCUUCUACUAGAGCGGCUACACGCACUGCAACAACGGUACGUCAGUCCGCACGCAGCAGACUCGUACAGAAUGUCACCCAGUCUCCUGUUACAUCAACGCCAGGUUCUGUACGUGGGAAGAGGUUAUGCAGCAAGGUGGCUCGCACUCCUCAGACACCUUCUACACCGGGUGCAUCUCGCUAUAAGGACCAUGUAAAGCGCCUCGUCCAGCUCCAUGAAACAGAAAUUGCUAAGGUGCAUACUGCUGAGGAAGCAAGUUCACCCAAACGGCCCAGACUGGGCCAAGCUCCCUGCAGCCCUAAGACCCCCAAGGCACCAACCUCUUCAGCCUCUAAAAGUCCCUUUCACAGCAGUCCAAUCCUCAGUCUCAAAAUCCGCUCUAAAGCUACAGUCCCUCGGGAAAAACCGGUGCAGAAGAAGGGUCAGGUGAAAGCUAAGGCUGUCCUCGGUGAAGAGAAGGCCAAGGAGGUCUCAGCAUUCUUCUCUAGCCUAACCGACAAAGUUGCCAAGGUCAGCCCUCCUGCUGAAACUGCGGAACCAGAGAGUUCAGAGACUUCUCAGCCAACGCAGGAUGCUGGGGCAGUCUUACCUGUAGACACUCCUACCAAAGAGAUCCUCAAGGACAAUCAUCGGUCAGAUGAUGAUGACGAUAAACCUGAUCCUGUUGCUGCAGCUAAUGACACGGCCCUUUCUCAGGACUCCCUCGAGGGUUCUCCACCAAGGAGAAGAAGUGUAAGACAAUCCAUUCGACGAUCCAGUCGGCGAUCCUCCAUGGCUGUGAGCGAGUCCAAGUCCAGGUCAUCAACAUACUUGCGUAUGCAUCUGGGAAGACAGUCUACAUGUAGUAAGAGGAGGUCAAGCGCUAGGCUUUCCAAGCGUCUUUCAAUGGCUGUUCAUCAAAUGGAACGAGAUUCCCUGGAACCGACCGUUGAGGAAGAAACCAUCGAAGAACCACCAGCGGUCAGGAAGAGUCCCAGGUUCAACGCUCAAGCAGAUGAAACGAAUACUUCCAGUGGUAGUACAGGAUCUAGUUCCUCUAGCUAUGGUUCAGAUGAUAUCAUUGAUAAGACCCCAUCACCAGAGUGCCCUCGCUCUAAGGUGAUUCGUCCUCAUCCCAAAUCAUUCCUAAAUACACUGAAUGGAGGAAAGAAAAAGAAACCAGUUACCAUUGGUACACCUCAGUCCGGAGGCAUUGUCACGUCAUUUAUUCAAAGAAAUACACCGCAAAAGAAAACUUUUAUGGAGCAGCAAAAAGAAAGGAAAGCACAAUUGAUGGAGAAACAAAAGAAAGAGGAGAGCAUCAAGAAAAGGUUAAUCGAAGAGAGACGAAAGAAUCUUGCAGAUCAGAAAAGACUAAGAGAUGAGAGGAUGAAGAGGGCUAAGGAGACCAGAGCCCAACAAGAGCAAGAGAAGGCGCAGAGGAACCAGAAGAUGCAAGAAAGGGAGGAGCAGAAACAGACCCUCACAGAGAAGCAGAAAGAAGAACGAAAGAGGGAUGAAGAACAGAGAAUGAAAGCAUACGAAAAGAAGAAGAUUGAAGCGGAGGAGAGGAGAAAACAGGAGAUGGAGGCUAAACUGAGGAAAAUAAAAGAACAGGAAGAGGAGAAGCGUCGUCAUCAGCACCUGAUGGAUCGCAAGAGAGAGUACGAGGAGCUGGAGAGGCAGCGUCGAGCCGAGGAGCAGAGACAACAGGCAGAGCAGCUCCGAUUGAAGCAAGAAAGACUCCGACAGGAGGAGCUGGCCAAGAAGAGAGAACAGCAGAGACUGCGGGAAGAAAGAGAGAAGGAGCGCAAGGAGCAGGAAAGAAGGAGACAGCUGGAGGCGGAGCAGAGGGAGAAAGAGAGGAAAGCCAUGAAGGAGGAGGCGGAGAGACAACGGAAGAUUGCUGCCGAGAAAGCACUGAGAGAAAAACAGAGAAAAGAGGAGAUGAUGGAGAAGGAGAAGGCUAAGAAGGAGCAUGAUAGGCUGAAAGCAAACAUUCUCAAACAGAACACGUCCAUCAACCAACAACAUAACACUAGCGCCCUCAAUUCCACCUUCAACAAGGAGAAGGUGGAGAACUCCCCGCAGUCGUACGAUCUGACACCACAAAGGAUCUAUGUGGCAGCCUCAGCUGAUAACUAUGGUAUUGAUGAUCUUCAUAGCGAUGACAGCAGUGAUGAUGAAGAAGCACCAAGAAAGAAGAUACCAAGCUGGGCUCAAGGUGGAGCUUUGAAGAUAGCACUCAUUAACCAGCACAACCAUCCACCCGACUUCCAGUCUCUGUUCCCCAUCGUUGAACCUCCCGACCUCAGCGUCAUGUUCGUCAAAAAGAGGGCGCGCUUCACCAAACGUACAAGCUCGGCUGUCUGGAACUCCCCCAUCAUGCAUCACCUUAGAUGAUGAGAAUGAUCCUCAAAUUAGCAGUGAUCCUUAAACUGGCAACCAUCCAAGAGUCUAUGGUUUACAGAAAUGUUUUAUUUAACUGUAGGCUUUCUGGACAAGUAUAUAGAGUACUGGGGAUUGUUUCAUGAAACAUCUUGACAGUGACUCUCACUGACAAAUUUGCUCUGAGCCAAUCAGAUGCAAGGAUUUCUGUAGCUUAUAACAAACAGUCAGUGAAAAAUCACUGAAUAUGUGUUUCACGAAAUGGUUCCACAGUGAGUCCAUCUGAGUCGCAUCUUUUGAAUUCAGAUAAAUCUGUUCAUAGUAGAUAUUCUAUUUGGAAGAGACUUGUACAGCUAAUAUCAUCUGCUUUUCAUUAUCUUGGGGACUGUUCCAUAAAGAGUUGCAACUACAUGUAUUGUAACUUUGCCAAUAUAGCAACCACCAUGGUAAACCUUGAGGAGCUACACUAGUCGUCACUCUUCCUGAAAUGGGCCACAGGUCUGAGAACCCCUUUCGAUCGACGCAGAGGCGGAUAGAGGAUUUCAAACCAGAGGGUGCGCAAAGGGAAAAUUUUAAAGUUGAAAUUUUCUUAGAUGUAGCUAUAUAUAUAUAUAUCAGUAUGUAUGUCAGUCAGUGAUUUUGAAAACAUUUACAGGGCUGAUGUCCCAUAUGACCAUGCCUGAAUCCAACACUACUUGUUACAAGUUUCAAGUUCAAGUUUAUUUAAGACAAUCAAAACAAGAUACAUAUUACACAGUUUAACAAAAAUGAGAAUACAUGAUAGGUUUGGGACCCCAAAGAAGCAGAGCUUGUGAGAGGAGCCCCUUGUAUUACAUUACAACAAUAAUGAGAUGGAAAAAAAAAAUUACAAUGAUAAUCUAGAGAGUAAAUAAGAAAAAUACAUACAAAAACACACACACACACACAUGGUUUAUCAAGAAUCAAUUUAGGAUAUUUUGUAAUCUUUCAGAUAAAUAUUUUCGACAUGAAUUUUUAAAUAUGGGCAGUGUUGGACUGGAUCUAAAGCUUUGUGGUAACUUAUUCCAUUCUUUUGUACAAACUAUCACAAAAGAAUUCAAAGCAGUAUUUGUUCUUGUAAGUGGUUGGUGGAUAAGAUUUUUCUGCCGUGUAUUGUACAAAUGUACAUUUGAAUUAACAACAAAUGCAUCUUUUAUCAUGCAUACUUCAAUGUGCUUGCUGUUGUUUAAACACAUAUGCGCAAAAAAGUAUGCUCUGGCUAUAGAUUUAUGUAAAUAUUGUAUAGCUGUUAUUGUAUAUAAGAAAUGUGUUUGUAAACUGUGUGGAAUCAAAAGUAGUAAGUCGUGGGGGAAGCCUCGAGUGCUUUAUGAAAUUUUAGUUAAUCUUUUCAAGCAAGUAUUCUGAAUGGUAAGAAUUAUGACUAAACAUGAGCCUAUACAUGUAUGCAUCCUGUUUGUAAGGGAAGCAAACAAAUUAUUCUUGGUAGAAUUAGGCUAUAAAAGUUUUAUCAUUCUGUUUUGUAUGUAGAGAAUUAAUGUAUUAGAUGUGUAUUCAUACUAUGGAAAGCGUUUGUGACAUUUUUAAUUUAAAAUUUUGUGGGGGGGGGGGGAGCCUCCUCAGUUAGAAAGGGCCCGCAAACCCCACCUACCCCCUCCUGAUAUUUUUGUCUGUAAUGUUUAUUGUUGGGUUGUCUAUAUUACUUGGUUAGUGAGUUUUUAAAAUUAUUUUUUCAUAGAUAUCAGAUUAUGUAGACUUUUGAUAUUUUUAAUCUCACAAGUCUCAAAUGCUAGGCAUUCUAUUUCUCCGUAAGUCCUCCAUGUACACGUACAGAAGAGCCUACUGUAUGUUCCUUUGUUAGCUGAAAUUUCUGUCCAUCUGCACUUUGUUCAAUAGCAAUGAAGAGGUGAACCAUGGAUUAUCAUGCCUUUAGUCUUCCAGCUAGCCUGUUUUAAUUAAUCCUAUAUAUUAUUCCAAACCCUAAACAAUGUGAAAUUAAUUGAUUUUAACUAGUAAAAUGAAAAAUAAUGAUGGAUUUAUGAAUUUUGACUAAAAACCGAAUUUGUACAUAAAAUCACAUUUUUGAGCAAACUGGGAGCCGAUAUGCACUUAAAACUUCAAUGUGUUCCUCGGAAAUCAAAGCCAUUUGAUAAAGGACCUCAGAUUAUGCAAUGAAAUAGGACAUUAUGGCAGUUGCCAUGGUAACAGGGCUCAGCAGCCAAUCACAAUUCUGCUUUCCAUUAUUAUAGUAACCAUAAUUGUACAUCCUUUAUAUAUUGUGGGCCGUAGGACUUGUGUCCAAUCUAGGGGAGUGUUUCAGGGAGCAUCCUGCCAAUUUGCUCUCGGCCAAUCAGAUCCAAGGAUUUCAGUGGCUUUUAACAAAUAGCCAGAGAAAAUCAUUUACUAUGUGUUUCAUGAAAUCCUCCCUAGGUCUUUGUUUCAGGCAGCGUAAUUAAUAAAGGCACAAGACAAAACUUGAGAGAGUUCAUUUUAUAUAUAUAAUCCACUUGUUGAUGAUUAGAUUACUCAAUGAUGAUAGCAAAUGACUAGAGUAAGUCUAGUCUGGACUGUACUGUUAGGCCCUUAUUCUGAAGUCUGUUUGAAUUUAGGCCAUGGUCUAACUCUGCUUGGAAAUUAUGGGAAGCCUAUUGGAAGUCUAGUCUUAACUAUCCUGGACUAUACUGUUAGGCCCCUAUUCUGAACUCUGUUUUGAUUUUAAUAGGCCAUUGUCUAUGAAACUCUGCUUGGAAAUUAUGGGAAGCCAACAAUUUCAAACAUUGCAUUUACAUUAUAAGUGGGCUAUCUAUUCUAGGCUCCUUUCUCAUGUUUUAAUGGUGAAGAGAACUAUUUCAGAUUUUCAGUAAUUAUUCUCAGUCAGUUAUGAAUGAUUUGAGUUAAAAAUUGAGCUUGUGCACUGUCAGAGAUACCCCUCACAAUUGGCUAUCCAUAGUUUAAACCUCAACUUUAGACAAAAGUUUGAAUUCAGAAUACGGGCCUAAGUAAGAGUCUCAUAAUGUUGAGGUAUAUAGAAUAUAAUAAACUGUUUUCUGCUCUCAGA